AUGACAGACACAUACAAUAGCAUAUCCGAAUUUAUUGAAAACGAUUUGACCACAUUCUUGUCCAAUGAUGACUACCUCAUGGAUGACCUAGCAGGCGAAUUACCAAAUGAAGUGUGCAGAUUACUAAAGGCUCAAGUAAUUGAAAAGAGGAACGACGCCUUAAGCAGGGGAAAACAAGAUUUAUUAAGCAAGGAGAUAUACGAUAACGAAUCUGAAUUGAGGUCCAGUCAAUUGCAACAGAUAAUGGAUCUUAUUGGAGACAUACCGAAGUAUUCUCUUGGAAGUGAACUAAGAAGUAGAGUCGAGGGCGAACCACAGAGCACAUCGAUUGAAAGAUUAAUUGAAGACGUAUUGAAGCUACCGCAGAUGGAGGUAGUAGACGAAGAAGAAUUAGAAGUGGAAAAUGAUCUCAAGGUUCUAAACGAGUAUAGUAAUUUGAGAAAAGACUUGAUAUUGAAAUGCCAGGCUAUCCAAAUAGGCGAGACUAAGCUAUCAGAUAUUCUGAGCCAAAUAAACUCCAUAAAUUCUUUAAUCACUUCCAUUAAAGACGCUUCAGAAGAUGACGAUGUCAGCGAGUAUUUUGCCACGUACAGCGGGAAACUAGUAGUUGCAUUGGAAGAAAUGAAGUUAUUGCUGGAGGAGGCCGUCAAAACAUCUGACAGUUCUCCGGGAAAAAGAAAGAAAAUAAAAGACAUCCUAAGCGAGUUAAAGAAGUAA